AUGCUCGGACUGGUAGCGAGAAGUGGCAGUGGUAGUCUGAUGGCGGUUGCCAUAGGAGGUUGCUUCCGUCUGGCUACGGAUGGGGAGGUGGUGGGUAUGGACCCGGAUAUGAGGGCCAAAGCCAUUUGCCCGGUGACGGAAUCACGUACGGGACCGACGGAGCGUAACUAUCUGCCUAUGGGAAAUGUGAAACUAUCGUAUGUAGUGACGGAUGAUGAGGUUCCGCGUGGCGAGCCUAUUCACGGGGGUGACAUUGAUUGGAUUUUGAAGUAUGGUAGUGUUUUCAAGUUGGAGUUGGCGCUGGAUGAGACGAACCCCGAUAAGCCGCCGCAGCGGAUUGACCUAAAUCAGGAGUGGGUUACGAAGCUCAUAACUCGCGUCGUGGCCGCCGGUUUAGAGCGCGUGGGAGUGAAGCCCGAAGAGGUUCUUUACAGAAACCACUUUGGCGAUGGCGCUGUGGAGAAAGUCUAUACGCAGUUCUUCCGCAACAGCGCGGACUUGUGCCAAAUUCCGAUAAGCCUUGUGUUCUUUAAGAAUGCGUUAAAAAACGGCUUUGUGGAGGAUUCUUUUACUGAACAGUGGAUGCAAGCCCAGAACUGGAGUCGUACCGCGAAGCGGAAUGAAAACGAGGCUAUGCUGGCGAAAGGUGGUAUGCCUAGGGCUAUUGAACAGUUCUCGCGCGCUCGAGGUGAACCCGGCCCCGCGAGACAUUGGGCUACUGGGGCUUCCCCUAGAGCUAGGAUCCCCAUCAAAGCUCCAGGGGCAAUCAUAAAAGCUACAGUCGACACCGCUGGGCCUGAAUGCGUAGCCAGACGACCAGGCAAACAAGUCAAGCGAAUCGGAUUAACAGUCAACCCAGCUCGGGGUUUCGCUGAACAGCAUCUUGAUAAGUAUCUUAGACUUUAA